UCCCAGAAUGCCCUGUGCCGAAUCAUGGACCACAAUGACAAUGAUUUGCAAGGCACCAAUAGUUCUGGCUCCUUGGGUGGUCUUGAUGUUCGCCGACGCAUUCCUAUAAAGCUCAUCUCCAAACAGGCCACCAAAGCUAAGCCAACACCCCCUCGUCCUGCCAGAAACAUGAACAGGGGCCCAUCAAAGGCUGGUGAAGAAGAAGAAUUUGAUUAUAACGAAGAACAACAGUAUGAAUGCAAAGGUAGUGAUGUGUUUGCUAAUCAAAGAAGAUUACUUGGACAUCUCUUCUGGGACUUCAAGAUAAAUUUACUUGGAGAAAAAGAUGAUACCCCCGUCCAUUUCUGUGACAAGUGUGGGCUGCCCAUCAAGAUGUAUGGACGCAUGAUACCUUGCAAGCACGUUUUCUGCUAUGACUGUGCUCUUUUGCAUGAGAAGAAAGGUGACAAGAUGUGUCCGGGCUGUAACGAGUCUGUACAGCGAAUCGAACAGUGUGUACGAGGGUCUCUCUUCAUGUGUAGCAUUGUUCAAGGGUGCAAGAGAACAUACUUAUCCCAGAGAGACUUGCAGGCUCACAUCAACCACCGACACAUGAGAGCAGGCAAACCCGUUGCGCGUCCUCCGCUGGAGCCUGUCCAUCCUCCUGUUGCUCCGCCUCCCGCAGAAAUCCCUGAGCGGUUCAUAAUGCCUUCGGACAAGCACCAUCUGAGCCACAUUCCACCAAAGCAGCACAUCAUGAUGCCACCUCCACCACUGCAGCACGUGCCGCACGAGCAUUAUAACCAGCCGCACGAAGACAUCCGGGCGUCCCCAGCAGAGAUGUCCAUGGCUCCUCCUCCCCCUCGCUCAGUCAGUCAAGACACCUUUCGCAUUUCAACAAGAAAGCACAGCAAUCUCAUCACUGUGCCCAUUCAGGAUGAUUCAAACUCUGGUACUCGAGAACCACCGCCACCUGCCCCGGCUCCUUCUCACCAUCAUCCCGAAUACCAGGGUCAACCCGUGGUGUCCCACCCUCAUCAUAUUAUGCCGCCACAACAACAUUAUGCACCGCCCCCUCCCCCACCCCCGCCAAUAAGCCAUCCAAUGCAACAUCCCCCCCAGGCUGCAGGUACUCCUCAUCUGGUUUACAGCCAAGCUCCACCUCCUCCAAUGACCUCUGCCCCUCCACCAAUAACUCCUCCCCCUGGACAUAUCAUUGCCCAACUGCCACCCUAUAUGAACCAUCCUCCUCCUGGACCACCUCCACCUCAGCAUGGAGGCCCACCUGUCAAUGUCAACGCACCCCCUCCCCAUCACUACAACCCUAAUGCUUUGCCACAGUUCAGUGAAGAUCAAGGAACUCUCAGUCCACCUUUCACACAGCCAGGAGGAAUGAGUCCGGGCAUUUGGCCAGCUCCGAGAGGGCCACCUCCACCUCCACCAAGGAUGCAAGGCCCACCUUCUCAGGCUCCACUUCCUGGACCACACCACCCUGAUCAGGCCAGAUAUAGGCCAUACUAUCAAUGAUAUUAAGAGUAAUGUGAACUAAUGUAUGAUAUAGGAAGGAUAACAUCCUAAACGGGCUUUUAGAUGAACCUGACUGUUUGGGG